AAAGCAGAGAACUUUGUUACCCAUGAUGUGUUUUGAUGCCGGGAGCUAAAAUUUGUUUACAUAUACCGAGAAACAGUAGUUCAUGUGCGUAUUACGUCACAAUAAGGUGUCUGAACUCUGAAGAGAGGUGUUAAUUCCGCGAACAUGAAAGCAAUGACCAUCGAUGAAGAACAAAGUAGUGGUUCUAAAACAAAUGGAAAAGGAAAUGGACUUUUGUUGUACUAUCACCAUUACUCAUUUUAUUCCCAAAAGGUUUUAAUGGCACUGUAUGAGAAGAAAUUACCGUUCAAACCCAGCAUCGUCAACAUUACCAAAGGAGAACAGUUCGAGCCAUGGUUUUUGCACAUAAAUCCAAGAGGGGAAAUACCAGUAUUGCAAGACGGCGUGAAAAUAAUUCCUGAUUCAGGAAGAAUAUUAGACUAUUUGGAGGACAACUUUAGUAACGGUGAUACACGACGACUUAUACCAUUGGAUCAAGGACCCGAAGUUCGUCAGAAGGUUAUUCAUUUUAGGUCAGUUAUAGACCAAUUACCAUCAGGGGCAAUUACCUUGGGAUCAUUUUUUCAUCCUCAGUAUUCUCAGAAACCAAAACUACCAUUCAUACAGCCAGUAAGAAGAAUGUUACAAUCUGCAGAGAAGAACAGCUGCAUGACUCUUAGAUAUCAUGCAGAGAAGAAUCCUGAGUCUCGUGAUGUCCUCUUGCAGAAAGCAAAGGCUCAAGAAAUUAAACACGAGAAAUUACUUGUCCAGGAUGAGUAUCAGAAGCUCCUUGAUCAAGUAGACUCGGUGUUGUCUGAAGUGGAAAACGAACUCGCGUCGCAUGCUGAUAGUAAGGAAGAAUGGUGGUUGUGCUGUGCUCAGUUUACUGUGGCAGACAUCACACUCUCAGUAUUACUGGACCGACUGUACAGGCUCGGCCUGGAGGAGUAUUUCUGGGCAAAUGGUAAAAAGUCGCACAUUUCUAAGUAUUAUGAACGUGUCCAAAAGCGAGAAUCAUUUAGGAAAACAGUGCCUUCAUUGUUGUUUCAUUUGAAGAUGUUGUUGACAAUGCAAGCACCAACUUUCAUUGGUAUUGGUGUUGUUACUGCUGUGGCAAUUGUCAUUGGUGGUAUCUUAUUUUUCAGGAAGACUGUAUAGUGUAUAAAUUUUCUAGUAAUUUCAGACAGGAUAUAUAUUUUGUAUGUCUUUACGUGUAUGUUACAGAUCAUUCCUGACUCAGAAAUGUUAAAGUUGAAUGUUAAUCUUGUAGAAGUCAGUUGGAUACUUAAUUAAAUUUGUGUGUCGGUCUUACUAGUUACGGAGUACUUGUUGUGUGUUAAUGUCUUCCACAGAGAAUGCAGAGCAGUGACACAUGAAUAAUCUUGAAUUGUUUGUGUAUAUACAUAUUGUGAGAUUAGAUGUGGCUGUGGUUAUUUAUUGCAUGUAAAGCAAAAAUUCAAUUUCACCCGAAGAAAAGUUCUGAAAUGUCUGCCAGAGGUGCUUUUAAUGCAUCAUUGAAGCUGAAUGAAAGUGGGUAAUGCGGUAAGAUACCUAGUACCCAACUACACUUUUUGUUUACCUUUUUUAAUGUUGGAUGUCUUCGUUUCUCCAUUUUGAUUGUAUGAAUAUUUUUAAAAUUCAAGACAGUCAUUCUUAAGAUAUUUUGGUCACCUACAUUCAAAGUUUGUACAAAGAAGAACAUUGUCUUGCAAUUUUCAGAAAAGGUUGUGUUCAUCAUUAUUUAAUGUGGAUGUUUUGCAGGGAGUAAUGAUGCAGAGGUAAAUGUUUGUGCACAUCGUUGACAGGUCUUUUCAAUACUGCCACAUUAUGCAGUUGUAGAGUGGAAUAUGUUAUUCAGUCAAAGUGUGAACACACACUGAGCACUUGCAAGUGACCAUUUAAUUCAGUGACAUCAACUUGUGAUAAUACAUACUUAAGAGAUUAAUAUUACGAUGGCAGUUAGUUUGUGCUUUUCUCGUUAUUCAAACAUGAUCUGUUUCCUGCAAUGCAUAGAAAGAUAAUACACAAGAAACAAGCAAUCCUAUGUAUGUAAAGCAGCACAUUCCUCCUUCAUAAACAAAUACAGUACCUGUUCUGUGAUUUUGGCAGAAAUGCACAAAUUUGUAUUGAUUUUAAUAUAAUGUAACAAAAACUAAAUAAUUUGCAAGUUUCUAACAAGUCUAGUCUGCAUUUGACUGUAUUUAGCAUUGUGUGUCGAGCUUGCACCUUGAAUUUGCAAUUUAUUUCCUUGAAAAUAGUAUGUGUUGCAUAAUUACAAUGAAUUUUUGCCCUCCCCCCCCCCC